AAUCAGACCGGGGCUUUUCACGCUGUGCCAGAACGGAACUUCCUUCCUCGCCUGGGUCCCAGAAAAAAAAUACAGUUGGAGGCUUUUAUAAAUUGGGACUAUGGUCAGCUUUCAGUCGCUGUGUCAGCUUCAGAUCGUCGAACACAGAGGUUUUAACCACAACAGGUCACCGUCGGCAGCUUUUCUAAGAUCGACAGCAUGAUUCCUCCAACACAGGCGUUGCUUAUCGGCGCGGUUUUUCUCUGCGCGCUGGAGGAAACGGUCCAGUCUCACUUAGGACACUGCGCCGAGAAUCAAUGUUUUGCGCUUUUCCAGGAUCCCGAGGAUCAUGCAGGCGCUCAGAAACACUGCAGAGACUCGGGCGGACAGUUAUUAAAGUACAGCUUUGGAGACUUUGUGAAGAUACUGAAGAGUCCGGUCAGCGGUCAUUUCUGGUUGGAUGCGUCAGCAGAGGAAGCAGCGGCGGGUCUCCGAGACUGUCCCUCCAUCUUCGUGUCGAUGGGACAGGACCCGACGGUGCUGUGGAAGCCCUGCCGCGACACCAUGGAUGGAUUUCUGUGCCAGUAUACAUUGGAUGAGCCGUGCAGUGGUUUGAUGACAGGUGAAGGCGCACAGGUAAAAUACACCAGCCAUUGGGACUUCGAGCUGUACGAUUCGGAAGCGUUUCCACCAGGAACGAUCGCUGUACAGAAAAAGGUUGACGGUAAAUAUCCGGACUCAAAGCAUAUGUGUUUCUCCAGCGUUUGGUUGAAAGCUCCCUGGAACUGUGAGGUGCUUGGGGGCGGCUGUGAGCAUAUCUGCGCUUCUCCAUCACCACAAACACACACCUGCCUCUGUCCCGCAGGGAAAACUCUUCAUCCCAACAACUUCGCCUGCACCAGAGGUCCGUGCGAGGAGAACCCGUGCACAGGUGAAGAUGAGGAGUGUCACAUUACCGAGGGGGGGUUUAGCUGCAGGUGCAAAGAUGGCUUCCUUAAGGAGGAUGGAGUGUGUGUAAACGUUUCAAUCUGUGUGAAGUGUGAGCACAUGAAGUGUAACAAAUCCAACGGGGUUUAUGAGUGUGGGUGCCGAGAAGGGUUUAGGGUGUCACCCCACGACCCCACCAAGUGUGAGGUGAUCUGCACUGAGAGAGACUGUCCAGGCAUGUGCAUCCAGAAUGACGCGGAGAACUAUCAGUGUUUCUGUCCUGAUGGCUAUAUUCAAGACAUUGUAGGCACGGAACCCUUGUGCACAGACAUAAAUGAAUGUGAGAGUGACUCGUGUGAUUUCAAGUGUGAAAACGUAUUCGGUAGUUACAGAUGUUUGUGUGAUGAGGGUUUCAAGCUGGACCACGAUGGGCACAAGUGCAUACCCAUGGAAGAAGAGGAGGAGGAUGGAUCAGGCUUCACUCACUCAAACCCAACACCCGCAAGUGCCUACCCAGCCGUUGUGCCCUCUUACAUCAAGACCGGCAGCAUCCUGGGUAUCACCGUGUUCAUGGCACUGUGUGCAGUACUGCUGUUUUUCCUGAUCCACAACACUGUCAAACGUUGUGGCAAAUUUGAGCUGACCUCUUUCAAACAUCCAGAUAUUGAUAUUUACUAUCUGCAGCAGGUGACCACAGAGACGUACAAGAGGUUAUCGUUUGACAAGUCUAAAAAUGACCCAUAGAUACUUAAAUCACACCUGUAAAGAAGUAUGCUGCUUUUGGACCUUAUUCUUAUGGCACAUUGCACUGUUUUCCUCUCUCAGAGAUGUACAAUAAACAGUAUAGGACUGUUUCACAGUUUUCCAUAGGCAGUGUUAAUGGGAAACUGGUUAUCCAUAAAGCUGCAAUCAUAACCUUUUAAAGGUAACCUAUUAAAGGUUAUAACCUUUCACAUGAAAAAUGCGUUCUUUCAAAGAAUAACUGCUUCGAAAGGCUUUUGCACUGUAUAAUAUAUGAUAAUUCCCUCUCUAAUGUUUAUUUUAUAUUGCUUUGAAAACAUCAUCGAAUCUCUCCUUCAAACUGCCUUUAUUUAUUCAAGUUUCUCACCCAAAAAUACAUUUUACCAGAUUACAUUAGAACACCGCAUGAGAGCGUUAAUAAUUUACCUUGAUAUAAAACUCAUUUUUACUGAAUAGAGCUUGAACGCAUCAUAAUGUAACUCAGUGUAACCACUGUCAGCUGUUAGUUGCAACCACCAGCUAUUAACAGCGAACCGCUAACGAUAACUGGCUCUCCUCCUGCUGAUUUUAACACAGAUUUGUUGUUCACAGUGUUGCAUGGUCAGGGGAACUACAAGGUGCGUCCUCUGAUGCAACAAUGGUGAGUUUACUGUGUCUGUUUGUCAUAAUGACGUCCUAGAGAAGAUUUCUGUUAGUCCCAAAUAUUUUUUAUCGUCUGCGGGACACCAGCUGCUAAUUCUCAUAUUAUCACACAACAGUGAGAUCACGGAGCCCAUUUGUCAGUCACUGUGUUCUUCUUGUACCUGCUGAUUAAUUGAAUUUUGUGACCGUUACUCUCAAGCCCUGCUUUUAUCCUGCACAAAAGUGAUGUGACACAACAGAAAACAUUGACCACUGCCAUCAGUGAAUGUCAUCUUAUCAGCCAAUACCAAUGCUGAGCAAAUAAAUCGGUGCAUCCCUAGUUAUCAACCCUUUUGUUUGAGAAAUUAAAAAAAAUGAGUUUCCCUUCACAAUUGAGCUAGUUUAUGGAGUUACAUAUAAAAAGGGAUGCUGUUACACAAGAAAAGACUAAUAGUAAUGGUACUAAAAAAUUAGUAUGAUCACUUUUUUAUAAUAAUUAUAGAGCAGUUUCCUCAAACGCUUAAAAAAAAUCCAGCAAUUUAAUACAAACCACUCAUAGAGUGUCUGUAAAGACAAGAUUGUCUCCUAACAGAACCAGUUUAAUGUUCGAUUUUACUUGUUGCUGUCUAAUAACACUGGACUGCACUGUAGUUCAACUCUUUGUCGUAAAAAGGAAAACUAAAUGUGCCUUUGCCUGACAUCGUCAUGUUGCGUAUCGCAAGUAAUGUAACUUCACGCCGGUUGUAAUAUAAACUGUAUUUGUGAACUUAUUUAGUUAAAUCUUAAUGGUUUUAUGUUUUGGUAAAAUAACAUUUAAACUUUUAUUAUCGAUACAAGGAGCCAGAAAGAUGUCUUUAGUCAAAUGCACAUGAUGUGUUUGUGUUGGUGUGUGAUACAUGGCAACAGUGAGUCGCUAUGACUGAUGAAAUAUGUGACAUGGUUUGGGAUUUUUGAUAUUUCAGACAGACUUACACUAUGUCUAGUUUUGAAGUGAACCCCGGUUUGUUUCAGGAUGUAUUGGUUGCUAUAGGAGCUGUUUCUGUUGCAUAUUAACUCACAGCAGCACGUAUUCCAGCUUUAUAGACCAUUUUCAAAUGUAAAUACCUGAGGGCUAUCAUUCCAAAAUAACAAAUCCACAUUCUGCAAUGUCUGAUGUUUAGUGACUUUGUAAAUUUCGACAUCAAUAUGUCUAUGCAUACUUGGAAAAAAAUAAGUCCACAUACUAUUCCACCUGCAGAAUGAAUUGUGACUCUGCAGGUGUUGAUUUGGAAACACAAUUCAUUUUAAGACAUAGCACCACAUUAUACUGCAGAUAGUAGGGAAGAGUGGGGUCAUUUGGGACACUUGUAUCGACACAAAGCAAUCUUCCAUUACUCACAGACUACUUGAACAGUAAUAACAAAAUAUUUAUCCCCAGGAUGGUUGGGACCCCAGGAUGGUUGGGACCGGAGGUAGGGUCAGUUGAGACUUAAGUCACUUAAAUUGGAGAACAAAAGUAUAAAUUUGAAUGUCUUAUAUUUACAAUGUACACACAUUUCUUUGUUAAAAAGAUAACAUUUGUAAAAUUACAUUUUCAUAAAUUACUGAGAUGGAAUUUGGCUGUCCUUAAUAGGCUACAUGUAGCCUAUAGGUUUAUGUAAGCUAUUGAGUGUGUUUUAUUUGAAAAAAAAAAACAAAAAACAAAAAAAAAAGUCAAUAACAACAACUUGAGAGUUCAGAAAAAGUUAAAUAGUCGACUCUGCACAUUGAAAAUAUGGUCAGGAUUAUUUAUGUAGACCUAUAUUAAGUUCAUGCAUUCCUAUUUUACACUCAAUGACCUCACAGUUGUUCUUAUUCAAUAACAAAAAGCCUUUGUCCUGUUUUUGUCUACUUUUUGUUGAUUAGUAACAGUGAAAGACCUAUAAACAAUACUGUCACAACCAUGCCAAGAGCAGGAAUCCUGUGAUAGCUACCAACACAAAAUGCAGACGCUAACAUUAGCAUCAACUGAUAAGCCAAAAAACAUCAUCUGUCCCACAUGUUUUGGGUUUUUUUUU